AUGUGGACUAGAGAAAAAGACAUUAAUGUCAACGUUUGCUGGGAAAAGAUUGAGCCUGUUGCCUCCGCAAUAUGGAAAAAGCCGGAAAAGCUGGCUGCAUCCAGCUGGAGAGAAGCAUUUUGCGCCGUGUAUGGUAUAAGCAUGAAAAGUGAAUUCUUUCCCGAGUUUCACCCAAAGAUCGAGUCGAUCAUCACGGACCAUGUGAAGGUGAUUCAGCAGAAACUGCUGGCCCACGAAAACCUGCUGACAAACUACUGCAAGGAAUGGGAAGAUUACAAGGAGGCCAGCAAUCACUUCCAGAUGCUCUUUUUACAUUUCAACAAAUUGGUUCUAAAAGAGAACAAGAUCUAUCCCAAAGAAGCCAACGACGGCUCAAAGAGAUAUCUCGAUAUUGAGGACAUGAUAAAUUUCGCGUGGAAGAAACACAUGCUGGAGCCAAUUGGUCGCGAAAUCACGAGCUUGCUAUGGGAUGCCAUCGAAAAUGAAGGACACGAAGUGCCAGUCGUGCAAGAAGUUGUGCAGUCCUUUGAGCAAGUGGAUGCAGUUGACCUCUUUGAAAAGUCGUUCUUUGAGAAGCUGGGAGAUCAUUACGAAUCAAUGUCAAUUGAAUGGUUCCAAGGACUGAACGCGGAUGAGUUCGUCGAAAAAGUGGUGCAGAGGAUGGAGGAAGAGGUCGUGUGGUGCCAACAAUUUCUCCCUGGGAGUUCCAUUAACAACAUGAGAAGCAUCUUCAUCGAGAAAGCUACCAAGGAGCACAUUGAUGAGAUGAUGAUAGAAUGCCAGCAGAUGUUCAAGGAAAAUCGCAAGGACGAGUUGAAGAACCUGUACAAAAUCCUAAAGCUGCUUCCUGCUGAAAGCAAAAGCUACGACCGUCUGUCGGCGACCUUGCGAAUCAUGGUGCGAAAUGAGGCCUUGCAUUCAUCCUAUUUGAACAUGAAGGAGUUUGAGGCAAACUUGCUGAGCAUCUACAAAAAGUACAGAGAUCUGAUAGGGGAGCUAUUUUUCCACAACUAUUUGUGCAUCAAUGGGUUGCAGGAAGCCCUGGGGUAUGACGGCAAAAACGAUCGCUGCGACGGCACCAAGAUGAAUCUGCUCUGA